UUCACAGGGUUUGUGUUCCGGGUGGAACCUGCCCUGGCCCUGUUCCGCUCUCCCUGAGCCCUGUCCCUGCUCCAGUCCCCAGUCCCAGCCCCAGACCAUGCCCUAGGUAGGUGGCAGGCCACCCAGCCUGCCAGGGGGAGAGAGAGAGGUCGCAGCAGGGCAUGAAGGGGAGAGCCGGGCCUUCGCUUCCGCCCUGCCCACAGGCCACCCGCUGGGUGAGCACGGCUAAGCCCAUGGUCUCCUGGAUGCCUCUUGCUAUCACUGGUCCUGGCACCACUGAUCGAAAGGAAAAGAUGCUCUUCCCAGUCUGUAGUUUCCCUAGUUGCUGGCUGCAGGGGUCUGGGACCGUCGGCCCGGGCAGGGCCCCCUUCCCAGGGCAGCACCAGGCCCAGGUUCUGGUGCCCCUGACGGCCCAGCUGUGCAGCGUCCCGGACACCCUGGGCCAGCCAACGCCAGCAGACACAGCCCAGCCAAGCUGGACCAGGCCCACAGAGCCACGUGGGCCAGAGUCGUGGGGGAUGGACUCGCUACAGAAGCAGGACCUCCGGAGGCCCAAGAUCCAUGGGGCAGGCCGGGUGUCCCCCUACCAGCCGCCCACACUGGCCUCACUGCAGCGCUUGCUGUGGGUCCGCAGGGCUGCCACACUGAACCACGUCAACGAGGUCUGGCCCAACCUCUUCCUGGGAGACGCGUACACUGCCCGGGACAAGAGCCGCCUGGUGCAGAUGGGCAUCACCCACGUCGUGAACGCUGCUGCAGGCAGGUUUCAGGUAGACACAGGGGCCAAGUUCUACCACGGGCUGCCCCUAGAGUACUACGGCAUCGAGGCAGAUGACAACCCCUACUUUGACAUCAGCAUCUACUUCCUGCCUGUGGCUCGCUAUAUCCGAACAGCUCUCAGCGCUCCCCGAGGCCGCGUGCUGGUCCACUGUGCCAUGGGGGUGAGCCGCUCUGCCACGCUUGUCCUGGCUUUCCUCAUGAUCUGCGAGAACAUGACGCUGGUGGAGGCCAUCCAGACGGUGCAGGCGCACCGUGACAUCUGCCCCAACUCGGGCUUCCUGCGGCAGCUGCAGGUGCUAGACAACCGGCUGGGGCGGGAGAGCGGGCGGCCGUGACGUGGUGCGCACCCGAGUGCCUGCCCUCCACCCGGCAAGGCCCGGCCCGAUGAGCUCGGCCCUGGGGACAGCAGCCUCUGCCCUUCUCCAGAGACCCUGAGAUGUCCCGAGGCAGAGGCAGGGAGAGCUGGGUGGUGACCUUUGCGGUGGAUUCCCCUGACCCGACCCAGAGAUUCUUUAUGCAAAAGAGAAUUAAGUCUGUCUCUAUAAUAAAAGGUUCAUCAUAAGAA